CACUUCCCAAAAAUCGCAACUUUUGAAGUUUAAAAUAAUUGAUUUUUAAUUAAACCUUUAAAAAGUGUUGUUUAAACUGUCUGUCUACUCGGUGUGGUGUGUCAGUGCUAUGAGAUUUCAAAAAUCAUCCUUAUUUUGAACUGAUCAAAUUGUGUAAAACUUUAAAACAGCUUUAACAAUCAUGUCCAAACGACCCAGUGUUGGAGGCACUCCAAAAGGUAAUACCUUAUUUAAUUAUUUCAACAAAUCCCCAGCAACGUCUGCAAAGAAAAUUCCAAAAACUGAAGAAUCACCCCGUGAGUCUUCAAAGAAAAUUCCAAAAACUGAAGAAUCACCCCGUGAGUCUUCAAAGAAAUCAUCAAAAACUGAGGAUUCACCACAAAAGUCUUCAAAGAAAAUACCAAAACCUGAAGAAUCAUCCCAAAAUGGCACUAAAAUCAAAACAGAAGAAGACUCAACCGAAACUAAACCAAUUAAACGCCAAUUGGAAGUCGACUUCAGUGAUUCAGAUCAAGAGGAAAUAGUUGUACAGAAGAAAAAACGUUCCAAAGUUUCACGUAUUGUAUCUGAUGACGAAGAAGACGACAACCAUAAUGAUUCGAGUCACAAAAAUGGCCACAAAACCAUUGAACCCAAAGAGGAGAUGGAUGUCGAUGAUGAGAAACCCACGGUUUUAAUGGAAAAGCUAAAGAAUCUUCAAGAUGAACCGUCUAGAAAAACAAAGAAAGACCAAGUAAAACUCGACGAGAUUGUCAACACCGGUUCAACACUCGAUGAACCUGUUGUCUGGCUUCACAACAAGUUGGAAUUCCUUAAGCCAGAUAAAAUCAAAGACAAGAAAGGUCGACGUCCAGAUCAUCCAGAUUAUAAUCCUGGAACACUAUUUGUUCCUGAGAGUUUUCUUAAUUCUCAAACACCGGGAAUGAGACAAUGGUGGGUUCUUAAGCAAGACAACUACGAUUGUGUGUUGUUCUUCAAAGUUGGUAAAUUCUAUGAAUUCUAUCACAUGGAUGCUGAUGUCACUAUAAAUGAACUGGGAUUCAGCUACAUGAGAGGAGAAUUCGCUCAUUCUGGAGCUCCCGAAGGAACAUACGAUAAAAUGGCUACAACUUUAAUAGAACGAGGUUACAAGGUGGCUCGAAUCGAACAAACAGAAACCCCAGACAUGAUGACCGAGAGAUGUAAGAAGCAAGGUAAAACUACUAAAUUCGAUAAAGUUGUGAAGAGAGAAAUCUGUCAGAUCUCGAACAGAGGAACUCAGAUCUACGGGUCACAUUACUGCCAAAUAACUCCCAAUUAUCAGCCAAACUAUAUGCUCUCUGUUGUUGAAAAGAAUGAAGGUCCUACAAGUAAAUAUGGAAUCUGUUUCACUGAUACCUCAAUUGGAGACUUUUAUAUGGGUGAAUUCGAAGAUGACAAAAGUUGCUCUCGUUUCCUAACUCUAGUGUCUCAUCAUUUUCCUGUUUUGAUUGUUUCUGAAAAGCAAACACUCUCAUCCCGCACCCAACAAAUCUAUAGAACUGUACUCAGUGGUGUUCUCAAAGAAUACCUUCCAUCUGGCAGUCAGUCGUGGACUGCUGAAAAAACUCUUAAGCAUUUAGGUGAAACGUUGUAUACGAAGUCUGGAAAAGAUUGGCCAAUCUUGAUCAAAUCAAUGCAAGAUGAGGGCGACCAUCUGGGUCUUACUCCUAACGAAUACUAUAAGCUGGCAUUAAAAGCACUGGGAGGCUGUAUCAACUAUCUCAAACGAUGUCAUCUCGAAGAGAAGAUCAUGCCAAUGGCGCGAUAUCACUUAUAUGUUCCACCAGACAUGAUCAACAAAUCCAUUGAAAAUGCCAAAGCACCAAAGUCCAAUGCCAAACAAAGCCAAAUGAAGAACCACAUGGUACUUGAUUCCAUAACGUUGUCCAAUCUUAGAAUCACCGGAGAAGAACACUCACUCUGUAGCACUCUUGAUCAGUGUUGUACGAAGUUUGGGAAACGUCUUCUCCACAAUUGGGUCUGCUCGCCCAGUUGUAACAUCGAAAUCAUUCGUGAACGACAAAAUGCCAUAUCUGACUUGAUGUCUACCGAUGAAGUUCUCAAGGAAGCCAGAGCUCUCCUUGCUACACUGCCUGAUUUUGAGAGAUAUUUAGCACAAAUGCAUAUGUUUGGAAAUAAGUUAGUGGCUGAGAAACAUCCCGAUGGACGAGCUAUUUUCUUUGAUGAGAAAAUCUAUAACAAGAAAAAGAUUCAGAAUUUCAUCAAUAUUUUAAAAGGAUUUGAGGCUGUACAACAAAUUCCAGAGAUGUUCAAAAACUGUGAGUCAAGUUUGAUUAAGCGUUUAUCACAAAUGGAACCCGAUGGAUGUUUUCCCGAUUUAAAGAAAGUUUUGAAGUUUUUCAAAAAAGCGUUUGACCACGAAGAGGCUCUCAAGACAGGUGUCAUAGCUCCCGAGAAGAAUGUCGAUGCCGAGUUCGAUAAUAUCGAAUCAAGAAUCGAUGAAAUCAAUAAGAAACUACAAGAAUACCUCGUAAAACAGGAAAAGUACUUUGGCUGUCGUUUAAGUUAUUUUGGAAGCGACAAGAAACGUUUCCAACUCGAAGUUCCCGAAAGUCAUGCCAGAAAAGCCGGUAAAGAUUAUUUCCUGGAAGGACAGAAAAAAGGCACAAAACCGUGUCGUCGAUUCCAUACCGAUGAAACAAAGAGCUUCCUUAAACAAAUGCAACAAGCUGAAGAUGAUAGAAACAACGUUCUCCGUGAUUUAUCGCGAAGAGUCUUUGAGAAAUUUUCAAAUCACUACGACUUGUGGAAACAAUGUCUCGACAACGUGUCCACUUUAGAUGUCCUAUGCUCCCUUGCCGAAUAUGCUCGAUGCCAGAAUUUUAUAUGUGUUCCGGAAUUAGUGGAAGAUGCUGAUACGCCAUUCAUUGAAAUCGAUGAAGGUUAUCAUCCUUGUGUGGCGAGCGAGUCUUAUAUUCCAAAUGGUAUUGUAUUAGGAGCAUCUGGAAAUGCUCCAUUGUCUCUGCUAACUGGGCCAAAUAUGGGAGGUAAGAGUACGUUGAUGAGACAAAUCGGGCUUCUUGUGGUUAUGGCACAGAUUGGAUGUCACGUUCCCGCUCAAAGUUGUAAACUAUCGCUGGUUGAUAGAAUAUUCACUCGAUUGGGUGCUCAAGAUGACAUUCUUUCUGGUCAUAGUACAUUCCUGGUGGAGCUUAAUGAGACUUCAUUAAUUCUUAAGCAUGCUACAGUUAACAGUUUGGUUCUUCUUGAUGAAUUAGGCCGUGGAACUGCAACUUAUGAUGGUACCGCCAUUGCAGCUUCAGUCGUUAACUUUUUGGCGAAUCUUAAGUGUAGGACACUCUUCUCUACACAUUAUCACAAUUUGAUUGACUUCUUCCAUCAAGACGAUCGUGUUGUCUUGGGCCAUAUGGCAUGCAUGGUAGAAAAUGAAGAUACCGAAGAUCCAACUCAAGAAACUGUUGUUUUCUUAUACAAAUACACAUCAGGAGCAUGUCCAAAAUCGUAUGGUUUCAAUGCUGCUAAAUUGGCGGGAAUGUCACAUUCGAUUAUAAAAAGAGCUUUUGAGCUUUCUAAAAAAGUUGAAGCAAUUGCUUUGAGGAGAAAAAUUGCUUCAAAAGUUAUGGCAGGAGCAGAUACCUCAUCUAUUAAGAAUCUAAUUGUCCAAUUGAAUACUUGUAAAGUCCAUUAAGUCACUACUUUGUAACUUCCUAUUUAAUUAUUUUCCUAUUGUGUAACCAGUGUUUUUUUUAUGUUGUUAUGAAAUAAAUUAUUUUUUUGUUUCUAUGUAAA